GCCUUGUUGUGGGCAGUUGUUUUUGGCAACUCAAUUUAUUUAGGCGUCAGCGAAUCAUCGAACGUCGAUCUCCUAAAACCAUGUCAAUCACUCAGAACUUUUCAGUACGCUUGCGAACCUCCUGUAAUCAAUCCUGAGACGCAACAACCGCUGAACUGUAAUGUGGACAACUCCGUAACUGUUACCUGUAAAGUCGCGAAUGGCGUCCAUUGCCGUGGACUACUCAAUGGAACUCGAUAUUUCCAUUUAUCAAAACCAAUUUCGUGGCAAGUUACCACCUCACCUUCACACUCACUGCCGCUGUUGUUGUCGAUAUUUCUUGGCUUUUUGGGUAUUGAUAGGAUGUAUCUUGGAUACUCUAUGCUGUUGGCAUUAUAA